GUGUAAAAGCAGCAAAAACUUUUACUCUCUGCAAUAAAAAUGUGCAAGUAAAAAUUACAAGCGGAAAACAGAAUCCGAUUAAAAAUAAUAAAAUAUUUAAUUUUAAACACGCAAAAAGUGGAAAAAGGCAAAACGCCGGCAGCAUUAACAUAAAGCAGUGAAACAGCGACUCUUUUUCGCUCUUCCCUUGCGCGCGCCCGCGCUUUUGGCAAUAACCCUUCUUGUAAGCAAUUAAACAUGGCAUAAUACAUAUUUACAUAUAUAUGUACCUUAUACACACUUGUUUAUGUCCAUUUUAGUGUUUUUCGAGUUUUGUUGUUGUUGUUGUAAUUAUCAAAUAGUUUGUGACAGUCGCGACAGUUGUGCACCGUAAAAAGAAAUAAAUGAAAAUAAAAAUCCAAUAACAAAAACAAAAUAAAAGUGAGAAAUAGUUUUGUUUGUAGUUGCAGUGCAGCGAAAAGGUGUUGCAAAUGAAAAUUCUCCAAUUGUUGCCGAACUGUAAUCAGUGUCAAAGUUCUUAAUUUCAAAGCAGCAAAACGAGUAGCCGAAAACUAUAUUCUCGGCCACGCAUGAUAUAACACGAGCGCUCUGUGUGUUCAGUCGUCUAUUCCCAUGCAAACUUCAUCAAGAGGACACCGGCAAACGGAUAAACUACAACGAAAAUGCUGAUAUUGCUACCGUUGUUGGGCGUGUUGUUUAACGGUCUCACCACAGCGCAUGUAGAGGCGAAUUUAAGCUUGGAAUUUAAGGCUACAAAGCUCUUAAGGCAACACAAUCCUGCUAACUGCACUGUGGGCAAUACAACAUAUGCACAUGGACAGACAUUUAAAUUGGAUUGUAAAACGCAAUGUGUCUGUGAGAAUGGACGUCAUGCCUGCUCAUCGCUCUGUCCGAAAGAGCAACUGCCAGCGCCGGAGGAUACGAUAUCAUGCAGAUCGCCACGUCUGGUGGAAGUGCCGGGACAUUGUUGUAAAAUGUGGCUGUGUGAGAAUCCCACAGCUGAUGUAUACGCCACCUGCCACAAUGCCUCGACUAGUCCGUGGACGCCAUGCUCGCAGCCCUGUGGCCUUGGCAUUUCGACGCGCUUCACUAGCACGAACGCUGGCUGUCGGCAAUUGAGCAGCUUGCGAUUGUGUGAAAAUCGCAAAUGUGAUCACGACAAUAAAAACAAUAGCAACAACAGCCAAUACAAUAGAAACUAUUUACUGCAACCGCAAGAGGCACAGCCGGUGGCGGAAAACGCUAUAUCACUACAACAACUACAACAACAUCAGCAACAACUACAGAAACAAAAACAACAAUUAAUUAGCCAUAAUGUGGCGAACAAUUUAAUUGUAAGCGAGCCUAAGGAUAUUAAGGAUAUAACAAAUUACCCAGCAUUGUUCCAUGCGAAGGAGCAUGAGGAGCAUCGGAUACGUAAAGGGCACGAGUGUCGCAGCUUGCAACGGCUCGGACCGGCACGCAUUCGUCUGGGCGCUUGCAUUUCACGGAAACUAUAUCGGCCGAAGCUAUGCGGACGAUGUCAUCAGCAGUCGGGAAAAUGCUGUAAGCCUUCACUCUCAACAACAAUACAAGUUGAACUGUUGUGUCCGUUGAAUGCUGACGAUCCUAUCACUUAUGCUGAACAACAAACGCAACAACAACAGCCGCAGCAGCAGCCGGAAGGUCCAGCGGCGGCAACGCAUCAGCUAUGGGACACUGUAUCAUUGGAGCCAAUCGAUCAGGAAUUCCUGCAAUCACAUCAAAUACAAAUUGAAAAUAAAUUCAUUGCAGUUGAAUGGAUUUUGAAAUGCGAAUGCAGUAAACAUGAAAAUUGCAACAACCAGCAUGGAUAUGCAACAAAAGCAACAACAACAACAACAACAAUGGAUAAUAACACCAAACAGAGUAAUAAUGGCAGCGAUGUUAGCCACAAUAGUGGACAACAACAAAACACCGACAUCAUCAGCACCAGCAACAACAAUAGCCAUAACAACAACAACAUAAAUGACAGUAUCAGCAAUGGCAAAAGCACCGUUAGCAGUUGGCGCACAAGUGCCAUUACCGUUGUUGACCACAAGAAUAAUAAAAAUGCGGCGACAAAUAUUAUUGGCGCAACAACACGCAGCAACAAUGGUGACAAUGCGUACGACAACAACAGCAAUAACAAAUACAGCAACAAUAAUAAUAGUAACAACAACAGUUAUGCAACAAACAAUUUGAACACAAGUGGCUAUGGCAAUAACAAGCAAAACAUGGCAAACAGCAAUCAUGACAACAACAACAACAACAACAACAACAACAAAAACAAAAACAAAAGCAAUGAAGAAGGCAUUGCUGCGUACAAUGGCAAUGAUAAUCGCCAAGAGCAGAGGCAACUGAAAGUGGAAGAUGGGGCUGAGGAUGAGGAUGAGGAUGAGGAUGAGAAUGAGAAUGAGAGCGAUAACGAAAGUACGCGCCAACAACAACUAGAAGAAGAACAACAGCAGCAGGAACAUUUAUUGUCAUCAAGUGAAUUGCAACCAGACAUAAUACCAUAUCCGGCUAUGUUGCCACCGCAUCGCAGCAGCGGUAGCAUGGAAAAGCAAUGGACACAACUGAGGAAAACUGAAAAGAGCGAGCAGCACAACAACCACAACAACAAUCUCAGCAAUAUGUAUGAGCUUGACAGCAAACGCGCGUACACGGGGCACUACAACGGCAACAACACCAAUAAUAUUAAUAAUAACAACAAAGAAAACGGUAGGAAUAACAACAACAUCGCCAUGGAUUUGGGAAGUGCCGCUACAACAAACAGCAAUUUUGUUGCUGCUGGUUUUGGUUUUUAUGCGCGCGACGUCGAUGAGGGCGUUGAUGAUGCGGCUGUUGGACAUAACCAGCGUGUCGAAAGUGUGAAGCAAAACGAGAGUAGCGAACAACAACAACAACAACAGCUGCUACAAAACACGCUUGCAGCAAUGGAACAGCAUGACGAAGACCAGGAGGAGGCAUGGCAGGCAGAACAAAAGCAACUACAACAACAACGAACCCAACUGCCGGAGUGGCAAGCUGCGAAAAAUUUGCAUUACGCAUCAUACCACCAACAACAACAUCAACACCACCACCACCAGCAUCACCAGCAUCACCAUCAUCACCAUCUGCUGGAGCAAUUCAACCAGCAAGAGCAACGCCAGCAACAUAAUCACCAUCACCAGCACCAACAUCAUACACAACAUCAUCAGACACAUCCAAAUCCGCAGCUGCAACAAUUGCUUUGGUCAGACCAACUGGACCAAGUACAGCAAACAACCGAACUGCACAUGCCACACCAACGCAGAACAUAACAACGCAGACGCGCACCACAAACGCAUCGUCAACGUUGGCCGCCAAGGCGUAAGGGUGGACGCGGUAAAAAGAGAAAAUCCGGCAACGCAGCAAAGCGACGUAGUCACAACGGAGCCCCAUCGCUGAGGGACGAGAGGACGGUCGGGGCGUUGGCGUAUGGCAAGCAAAUGGGCACUACAUAAAUAAAUAACUAAGCGACACACCGAUAAGCUGAACAAGGAAGAACAACAAAAACCAUACUCGUAUUUUGUAAGGCGAGGAGCGAAGGAAAAAGGCAAAAGAAAAAAGAAAAAAAAUUAAAAAUUCAAAGAAAAAAGUAAGCGAUAAGCAGUAAAAUAGUGCAGUAGUAAGUGUGGGUGUGCCUGCGUGUUUGUUGAAUGCGGACUAUUUGAGCGCUUAAUGACAGCCGGACCAAUGGACGAAGCACUACACCAAGGAAUACACAUUAACACAGAGACCGAAGCAAUAAAGGAAGCAACAUCGUACAUCCACAGCAUACACUUGUAGCCCAAAGUGCACGGCACACAAUAGACAGACACCACAAACGGACUAUGGGCGCACAACAGAGUCGAAGCACAGACCGGACCAGACGAGCAACAAACAGAAGUUGCCACUUUUGCAUAUCACAAAGCAUAUAAAUUUUUAAUUUCCAACAAUACAAAAACACACAACAAAAACGUUGCCAACAUGGUGUGGUGAGCGUGUUGCAGGGGAUAGUUACAACAACAAUAUUUGUAAAUGAAUAAGGGGAUGGGCAGAAAACAGAGACAAAAAUCAUCGUGUAAAAAGUUGUCGCUACACUAACCAAAAACAACACGGACCGAGCACCAAUGCAGAUAUAUUAAAGAAAAAAAUGAAAUUUCGCUUUGCGUUCGCUGUUUUAUUUGAAAUAUAUAUGUAUAUUUUUUUUUUUUUGUUUUUAACUCAGCACAUUGACAGAUUAAGAGAAUAUUUUAUGCUUUGAGUAAAUUAAAUAUCGGAACUUCUGGGUCUGAAAACCCGUA